GGGCCCGGCCCCGGCAUGGUGCUGUGCGGGGCGCGCUGAGGGGCGCGGCGGCGGCGGGCGCUGCCGCGGGGCGGCGGCAGCAGCGGCGGCAGCGCAGCGACACCGGCAGCGGCGGCGAGCGAGCGGGAGGAGCGGGCGAGCAGGAUAUUUUAAGCAUAAAAUUGCACAGAUCAAAGUAGAACUCUCCUGUGACCUGCUCACCUCAAGGACUCAACAGAAUCAGUUCUCAGCCAGUCGUGUACACCACUGAAGGAAAAUGGACAUACUGAACAGCCGCCACUUUUUGUACUUUCUGCCUACCACACGCCUUGUCAUCUUAUUAGCAGCUUUGACCACUGCUGAGGAUGUGAGUAACAGCACUUUGAACCGCACUGACACACAGACGGGGGCCGCACCCGCGGUGAUCUCCCGCAUCGACCACAUCAUAGUCAAGGAGGGCAGCAGUGCCUUGAUCGACUGCAAUGUGCAAGGGAGUCCCAGCCCACGUUACAGAUGGUACAAUUCCAAUGGCCGCCUGCUCCAAGAGGAGGAGAAUAAAGGAAAAUGGUGGUUUCUUGACAAUGGGCUACUAAACAUUACCCGCGUGUCAUUUGAAGACAGAGGUAAAUACACGUGUGUUGCAUCUAAUACGUACGGCAGUGUUAACAAUACUGUGACGCUGAGGGUUGUUUUUACCUCUGGAGAUAUGGGAAUCUAUUACAUGAUUGUCUGCCUUGUGGCUUUUACCAUUGUUAUGAUACUGAACAUUACUCGGUUAUGUAUGAUGAGCAGUCAUCUGAAGAAAACCGAGAAAGCAAUCAAUGAAUUCUUCAGAACAGAAGGGGCAGAGAAACUUCAGAAGGCCUUUGAGAUUGCAAAGCGUAUCCCAAUUAUCACAUCAGCCAAAACGCUCGAGCUUGCCAAAGUAACCCAGUUCAAGACCAUGGAAUUUGCUCGCUAUAUUGAAGAGCUUGCUCGGAGUGUACCUUUGCCACCUCUCAUCAUGAACUGCAGGACUAUAAUGGAAGAAAUUAUGGAGGUAGUUGGUCUGGAGGAGCAAGGACAGAAUUUUGUACGGCAGGCGGCAGAAGGCCAGGAGACCACUGAAACAGAUGAGCUUUAUAUGAUCCCAAAUGCUUUGACACGCAGUGAAUCUCCCACAGCUGACUCAGACGCAUCGUCACUGCAUGAGCCACCUCAACAGAUUGCAAUAAAAGUGUCAGUUCACCCAUUGUCCAAAAAGGACUGCAUGGAUGGUCAGUCACAAGAGAGCAUGCAGUUGGACACCAAGGAAGAAGACACUCCUCAAACACCAGCACUACCUGCGGAGCCCCCUCCUGAGCCUUCUGCUGAACUCAGUUCUGAUGACACAGCAUUGGCAAAUGACAAAAAUACAUGUGUUAUAUAUGAAAGCCAUGUAUGAUAGUUACUCCUGAAUCUAUGCAUAGCAGGAAAAUCAGGUGGAGCUCUUUUAAAAAUACAUAUUGUACUUGCCGCUAAGCCUUAUCUGGAGACUAUCAUAGCAAAAGCAUGUAAGUGGAUUAUUUGGCACUUUCUUCUCAGUUUCAGUUUAGUUUACCAUGAUGUAUGGCAGAGUAAUUGCUAUUACAUUAAUAUUAAUUGCUCUUUUUGAUUAGGAGUAUUUCCAAGAAACAUUUACCUCAGCAUUUUCUAAGUUGGAGUCACCUGUAGUGGCUCCUGGAAGUCACUGGUAGUCUUUGGUGUAGGACACUUGAACUUACUAAACAUGAAACUGGUUUCCAUUUUCCUCUUUCACUCUCGUUAUUUCCAUCUAUUGCAUUUUUGCAAAUAUUAACUUGUGAAUUUGAAAUAUUGCCCAAGAGGCAGCACUCCAGUAGCCAAAUAAAAUCCUAAUAGAUCCCAUUUACAAAGCCUGUUUGCUCAGCUGCAUUGUGAUUUACAGGGCUAUUAAAGAAAGUUAAAAUGUUUCCAUUUCAUUUGAGACCACACUGCUUAGCCACAUGGGAAAUAGUUUUCCCUUUUUCAUGGAAUGAAGAUGCCAGCAAUUGUUUGUUUUGCAUGAAGAAACAACUUUGAGGUGUAUAUUACAGAUGGGAAAGCCAUCAGAAAGUUGCAGUUCAACAGCUCCGCAGGGUUAUUUUGCAUACAUUUGUGCAUUUUCUAUGUUGCCAGAAGUUUAUAUGGCAAACAGCUGCAAAUAUGCAAGAUGUCUUGUUUGAAGUAACUUGGAAGCAGUAACUGUGUACUACCUUACCAGAAGAUUUGCAGGUUCCAUAACAGUUCUGCAAAUGAAGUUGAUAACAAGGCUGAAUUAGCAAAAUACCCUUUUAUUUGGCUUCUUAAUUUUGAUAUUCUGAAGAUCAAUCCUAAAUUCAUAUAUAAGCAUCAAUUUGAGAGUGUUGUAUCCAAACUGGAAAAAAAUUCAAUCAAGUGUCCUAUAAAACUACAAAGACAGUCAUGCAAACUGUUAAAUGUGGUAUAAUUACAUUGAGAUUUUGGGAACCUCCUACACGUAGGAUGUUCACUGCUCAAGUACAUGUGACUCUACCCCAAUAAAGCUUUAAUGAUCGUAGCAAUUGUGGCGUUAAAAAGAUCAACAUCUCUGCCAGGAAAUGCCAGGAGUGGAAGGGAAGUAAUCAUUUCUCUUGCAGAUAGACAAUAAAAAGUACCUUCUCUGCAGUGAGUCUGGAAAGAAAGCACUUACAAGGAGUUUAUGUAAGGUUAAUAGCAUAUUACUUAAUUGCCUGACGCAUUUCGUUUGAAACUAAUGAACAAACUAUCACCUUAUAUUGUUUAAGAAGGAUUAUAGUAUAAAUAUAGAUAGUCAAAAUAAAUCUGGAAUCAAGUAUACUGUGGAAAAAGAAGUCUUUUAGGUCUAUGGGGAGAUGAUGCAUGGAUGGCUCUCUGGAUAUUUUAGCAAAGCAGCCACAUCUCCAUAAGGUGUCUGUUGGAGGCAAUCAGUUAUAUUAACUGCAUAGGUAAUCAAGACCAGACAAAGUCAGUGUUGCAAGUACAUAAAAGAACCCUUGAUAAUGAACUGAGGUCUUGUAUCAACUUCCUCAUGUUAAAGUGCAGAGCCUCACCAGCAGUGCAAUACAGGAAUACCCCAUGACUUACAUAGGUGAUGCAGAGAUGGCUCCAUAUUUAUCUUUCUGUGGUUAUUAAAAAAAAUACUUGUUUAAUAAUGGACUUCAGAUUUUACAACCAGUUUGUGAGAAAUGGCAGCAUUCAGAUGUCUCAUCUUUUUGUGCUCACCACAGUGGCAGGUUUCACAAAAUGCAUUUGCACAUGCCCAAAGGAAACAUGCAAGGGCAAAGUCCCAUUAGGAAUGUGACUGGAAAUAUUUGCAUUCCAGCGAAGCAAUAUAAAUGUAAGACAGAAGUUAGUUUAAAAGAAUACCAUAAAGAACCUCACUUCUGACCAGCAUGAUUGACAAUAGUAUGGUGCAAACUGUUAACUUCUUGUCUGAGUCCAAAGGACAUUUCUGUUUAGAGUUCACAUCAGUUUUUCGAGUUACUUGAUUUGCUUCUGAUAUGAAAAAGAACAAGGGCAGAAACAAAAGCAGGAACUUGCACUAAACUCCUUCAAUUCACCUUAACCUCCUGAGAAGAGGUACGUUGAUGUUUCUGCCUGUCCAGCAUUUACAAACAAUGCCCAUGCAUUCUAAAGUUACCUACCUGGUGCCCAACUAAGAUUGCACAGAUAAGCAAGAUGUUCUCCUUGAAAGCAUAAAAAUAACUUUAAAAUUACACAUUUUUUAAAAAAAGUUAUACAAAUAUUUAUUACAGUAUUUUAAUUUUAAUCUUUUUAAACUAUGAAGUUUUUACAGUAGAGAUCAGACCCCUUCAUGUAUUUCUAUAGUGUUCUGACCUUGCUUCUUCAGGCUGUCCUCCAGCCUCUUUAUUAUUUAUUUAUUGAGAAACAUUUGAGAGCAAACAAUCCCCAUGGAUUUCUUCAGUAUCACUGUGUAAACUUCCUUGAAGAUACAAAUGAUGUUUUUCCCUAGAGGUUUCCCACAUAGGGCACAUUUGAAGUACACACAAACGCACAUUGCAAACCACAUAUAAGCAACCAGUACUUGGAUUAGAUACAUGCAAUACAUGGAGUGCUGGAUUCCUGCUGUUGCAAGGUCAGAGGGAACCCUGAAUUUUCUAGAGCUGGAGUCACUCAGAGAUGAGAGUUCACAGGUAAGACUGCUCCAACCAGUCUGGACAUUUAGUUUUGUGUUAUUAUCUGAAUAAAAACUAAACAGCACUGUAGCUGAAGAAAAUACAGAUUUUAUAUAGAACUAAUGGGUCUGGUUUAUGUGGUUUUCUGGUGGUUUUGUGUCUGCUGCUCAGUGUCUUAUGCACCCAUUAUAUGAUACUUCUAAGCCUAAAGCUUUUUAUACACUUUCAGGAACUUCCUUUUUGGAAGACAGAUGGGAAGCAAGACCCAAACCUGUCUUUCCUGUUCCAAACUUUCUAGCUGUGCUAUUAUAAAGUAUACAAUUGUGUCUUGCAGUAUUUCUUAGCAAAUGGCUAUUUUAUGGUCCAAAAACACAAUUAACAAACAUAAAAUUAAUAAUGGCUCUAGGAAAAUAUUAAUGUUUGCAUUGUUAUAUACUUUCAUGCACCUUAAGCACUUCAGGGGCAUUAAUCUGUUCCCAUCAUUGGACUAUGCACACUUUUUGUUACAUUUUUCUAUUUAUUGUACCACCAAACACUAAUGGUUCUUAAAACACUCAGAAUCUGGAAAACCCAGUCCAACUGAAAUUGCAUUCUAAAAGCAAAGGAACCCCAAGGGAUUUGCAUAAUAUAUUUACACCAUUUUCAAACAGUUUUGCCAAACUUCAUGAAUGAUGACUAGAUUCUGCAGCAGAAGAAAUCAGUGUUGGAUUUGAAUUUCACACUUAUUAUUCUUUUCUCAGUAAAUUUAAGAUCAUACUAAUCAGACCACUUAAACAUAGUAUUCACUAACUAUUUUAUCAACAUUUUAUUUUUGAGCAGCAUUUGUUUCCUGCUGAUCUUUUUUUGUUCUCUGAUUUGAGCAUGUUUGUGAUGAAGCCUAUCCUUCAGGGUUUUUUUGUCUAUCAUAUAAAAAAUUUAAAAGAACCCAUAGACCAGCAUUUUGUGCAGGUUUGUUGGUACUUGGUAAGGCACAGAAGUACACUGCUGUGCUUAAAAAUUACUGUAUAAUCAUAAGACUUGCAAAAUGGCAUAUACAGGCAGAUGUUGAUUUUUUUUUUAAUCAGUGCCUGUUUUAUUCUAAUGUAGAUACUAUGUUAGUUCCUUGAUUUGCAGUUACCUUUUGACAAAAGUACUGUAACAUAUAACCAGGGCUUUCUGACUUUCAGUUUGGUCAGAUUAACUAAUUCUAGAAAGUGUUAACAGUGUCAGAUUUUCAAAGUUCUCAUGGGAUAUCUUGGCAGCAUGCUAUUUUAAGAGUUGGUCUCUUAAGUAUGCCAUAUUUAGUGGGACAACUGAAAGCUUCUUAGAUGCAAAGGAAACGCUUGCACUAAAGUCUCGUAAGUUAUAUUUCAUUUAUUAUGAAAACCUUUUUGAUUUUACAAGAAAUGUAAGACAAAUAUGAAUGUGUUCUUUUGAAAAGCAGUUGCUGUAUUUUGAUUUAAAUAACUGUUAUGAUUUUAUAGCUCACGGCCGUAAACCACAAAGAGAAAAGUUCAUGCUGAAGUGGCAAAAUGAAAUGUGAUGUAGCUUGUACAUUGAUCAUUGUUUCAAUAAAGAAUUUGCACAGAG